AUGACGGUGGUAGAGGAAGAAGAACCAGUCAUUGCGGGCCCGUUCGCGCUGUACGACGGGUCUUUUGUCUUGGAGUUUCUCCAGCCGAAGCCGUCGAGGAAUGCGUCAGUAUUGAUGCGGACGACGUAUAAACAUGAUCACCCUCUGUGCAAGAAAGGGAAAGGCCAUCCUCAGUCACCGCCUUUGCACCUGCACUUCCAACAAUACGAGGCUUUUUCUGUGCUCAGCGGCGAAGUCGGCACCACGACGACCUACUCCAGGAUCGACACCAUCCACAACGCCCAGAACACGCCCGACUCAAACCCGCACCACGUUGAGCCCUACCUGCCUCACACAUUCUGGCCGUCGCCCAACGCGACGGAGGACAGCACGUUUCUGCUCUGGGCGCAUCCGAACCCCGAUGACAUGGACGACAAGAUGGAUCGCCUCUUCUUCCAGACGCUGCUGAUGUACGUCAGCGAUAUCAGCGAGGGCAAGGAGCAGUUAAGUGUGUUGCAGAUCAUGUUGAUCCAACAUAUCUCCGCCACCGCACUGAUCAUGUUCCCGGGGCUCUCGUUCCUCGGGCCUCUCCGGUGGUGGGUCCCCUGGAUGUUCCAGUGCCUGUGCAGCCGCAUCGCCUUGUGGACGGGCAGGACGCCGCUCAUCAAGAAAUACUUGGCCGCGGAAGAUUGGGAGGAUGAAGAGGUCCAGGAGCGCAAUGGCCUGUCAAAAGAGAAGAAGAAGAAAAUGAAGAAGGAUCCAUGA